AGUUGCAGUGAGCCCUACCAGGCGAAAUCGAGGGCACUCUGUUUUGGGUCCUGACACAGUAGUUCCUGGUCCACGUCUCCAGGAUCAUGGAGGAGGGAUGAGAGUAGUUGCUCUGUAAGCUUCAUCAACUCCAAAACGGCUCUUGUAUUUAAAGUUAUUACCUGUCAUGUAAUUCUAUAUAUAUUCCUCGACAUUUAAAGAAACUACCGAUUUUUGGCAGAAAGUUGAAUAUAUUCUGUGAAAGGUAAGGGGCUUGGUAGAACCACGAAAAAGGCCCGAUAACAACAAGAAGUUAAAUGCACGAAUCUGAAUGUCCAAACCGCCACACUUCACACAAACUAGCACCUUUACACAGCCAGGGAUGAACAAAUACAGCUUUCCUGAAGCCAAUUUGACAAAACCGCAUUGUCAAGAUUUGUGUUGCUAAAUGAUCUACUGCUGUGCCCUGAAUUUAAGAAAGAAGGCUACAGAAACAAAUUAAUAAAAAUCCAAUAUGUCUUGGUUGACUGAUCUUGCGGGGAAGGCAGAGAAUUUCCUGAACAAAGUGGACCAGGGAGCAGCAACAGCGUUGAGUAAACAGCAAGCUGAGAUGACUGCUUUAGCUUAUGAUGCCACAGACUCCAGUCAGUACAUUUCAGCUUAUAAACAACAAGCUCCUGAGUACCAUCCACCCCCAGAGGUGCCUAGCUUCAUCACUUCAGCUGCUGUCAAUAUAAAGAAACAGAAGGCCACCCUUCUGUCUGGGACAGCCAACAUAUCCUCUGCAUCACAGCCCACCUCAGAGGUUAAUGACAGGCCUUCUUCCAGACCCUCGUCUCACUUUGUGAGGCCCAAAAAGACAGAGCCGGAUGACGACCUGCUCUUUGAUUUCCUGAACAGCUCAGACAAGACUCUUAAUGGUAAGGUGGACGCUAAAAAGGAAAAGCCCAAGACGUUGUCAUCUCAGAGCCUGUCCCGAACUUCGAGCCUCAGCUCUAUCUCCACUGGUACCCCCAGCAACAAAACCUCUGAGGACGGCUCCAGCAAGGAUCAUGGACAAGGUACUCCAGAGAGCUCUGAUUCUGGUUUGGUUGCCCCCUCAGAGCCUGCCAAAGAGGUCAGUGCUUCAGUUGGCUCAAGUCUCUCUGUAAAAGAUGAGAGCCAGACACAGGUGCUGUCGAACCUCAGACUGGAGAACCAGCUGCUGCGCAAUGAAGUCUCCUCGCUGAACCAGGAGAUGGCGUCUCUGAUUCAAAGAUCAAAAGAAAUGCAAGAAGAGCUAAGCAAAGCACGGGCCCGGGUGGAGAGGUGGAACGCUGAUCACUCUAAAAGCGAUCAGACUGUGCGGCAAAUGCGUUCUCAAGUGGAUGAUCUGACAGAGGUGAUCUCUGCUAAAGAUGCCCAGCUAGCUGUCCUCAAAGUGAGGCUAGACGAGGCUGACCAGCUUCUAAAAUCCCGGACGGAGGCACUCGAGUCUGCACAGUGUGAGAGAUCAAGAAUCAUCCAAGACUGCAAUGAAGGCAGCAGCUUACACGACCAGACAUUACAGACAUUGCAGGAGAGGUUAAGAGAAGCUGACUCUGCACUGAAGAGGGAGCAAGAGAGUUACAGACAAAUGCAGACUGAGUUUGCAGCCCGUCUCAGUAAGGUGGAGGCAGAGAGGCAGAGCUUGGCUGAGUCGCUGACAGCAGCAGAAAGAAAGAGCAUGGAAGAGAAGAGGAGAGCAGAGGAGCUCCAGCAGCAGCUGAAAUCUGCUAAAGCUGGAACCGAGUCUGUCAAGCAAGAGCUUAUAGACUACAAACAAAAGGCUACACGGAUUCUUCAGUCAAAGGAGAAGCUGAUCAGCAGCUUGAAGGAGGGUGCAGGGAUUGAUGGUCUGGACAGCCACACAGCCAGCACCAUGGAGCUGGAGGAGCUGAGACACGAGAGGGACAUGCAGAGGGAGGAGAUCCAGAAACUCAUGGGGCAGUUCCAGCAACUGAGAACAGAGCUGCAGGAUACAGAAAACCUACUGAUGACAGAAGGGGAAUCUUCUCGAGAGCAGCUUCAAGAACUGCAAGACCAGAUAACCAGUCAAAAACAGUCCAAGCAAGAGGCAGAAGCUGAAUUGGAGAGGCAGAAACAGGAGUUUCAAUAUUUGGAGGAAGAACUGCAUCGCACCAAAAACUCUCUCCAGAGUAGAAUUAAGGACAGAGAAGAGGAAGUUCAAAAACUCAGGAAUCAGCUUACCAACAAGACACUGAGCAACAGCAGCCAGACAGAGCUGGAGAACCGGCUGCACCAGCUGACAGAGACGCUGAUCCAGAAGCAGACCAUGCUGGAGGCCCUCAGCACAGAGAAGAACUCCCUUGUCUUCCAGCUCGAGCGCCUGGAGCAGCAGCUGAAGAGCGUGCAGGGUAGCAGCACCGUUAACGGACCUUCCAUCAACAUGGCAGGAGUGGAGAACACAGAAGGUGCUCGAAUGAGAAAUGUGCCAGUCCUUUUCAGCGAUGGGGAAAGUACUGAUGCAGGGAUGUAUGGAAGAGUCCGUAAUGCAGCAAGUACGAUUGACAGAUUCAGCAUCCGGUUAGGCAUCUUUUUAAGACGUUAUCCAAUUGCAAGGGUGUUUGUAAUUAUUUACAUGGCAGUACUUCACCUUUGGGUGAUGAUUGUUCUACUAACCUAUACACCUGAGAUGCAUCCAGGCUCCCCAGAUGGUUGAAUGGGAAAGUGAAAGCAGAGAACAUAACUUUUAAAAUAUGAAACACAUACCGUUACAAGCUACUGAACAGCAUAGAAACAACCCUUGUCAUGGUUGGGGCCAGUAAUUUGCAUAAACUCGUAUUGGAAAUUGCCUCCCACCCCCACGUUAUCUUCCAAAGUUCUUUAAAAUAUUAUAGCAUCAAUGAAUAGCAUCUUGCAAAAUAAUAUCUCUCCGAGUGCAAAUUGUCUUUUGUACAUACUGUAGAUUUGGCAGGUUCUUGAAUGUAAUCAGGGAAAUAAUUAGAUUAAAGACUGGACCUGGGUUUUCAAUUUUCUUUUAAAGUUUUAAUUAUUAUAUCUUUGCACUCACUUAUCUUUUUUCUUGUAUAUAGAAAAUGAUUUUCUUAAUCAUAUUAAAAAUUACUUUUAAUAGAAGUUGUUGUAGAGGAAGGCUUCAAAGCAUAUCAGACUGAUAUAUAUUUUUAAUGUACACAUUUGUUUUGUUCAUUUUGUUAUUCCUUUAACUAGAACAGAAGAAAAUAUCCACAACAAAUUAUGCACGUAACUAUCAAAAUGCUAAUAGACAACUGUUGCACUCCCACUAUAUUGUCAUAACCAUGUAUAAAUGAAAUUGUAUAUAUAGUUUAAAAUACUAUUUAACACUAACACUCAAUGUAACACCCCUACCAGACUCCUCUGCGUGUGGAUAGCCUUUGUGUGACCUUGUGAUGGGGUACACCUCGUCCCUGUAUUAUUAUUUUGUAUAUUUCGUAUUAUUAUUAUUAUUAUUAUUAUUAUUAUAUUUGUGUUUGACGGUGGGAAAGCCGUGUUUUUAUUGUUCGUUUUGUUUAUUAAUUUAAAAAACCUGUGUGAAUGUGGCUGGAGCCUCAAUAAGGUAAUUGUUUUAUUGAUAAUUAAUUAAUUAGGACGGUUUAGAACGAGAUCAUACAUCCGAAGCAACUGCUACCGCUGUACCACUCGGUAUUUGUUUCUUUAUGUAUUUUUGGCCAUCGAGCCCUUUUGUUUGGUAUAAAGUGUUUUGUUUAUUGUUUGAUUUAUUAUUAAAACCCGAGCGCAAACGCGUCUCGUUUCCCCUA